UGAAAAGGCCACAGGAGGAGAGAAAGAAGAGGAAGCGUGAAAGCGGAAUAGGCAUCACAGGCUACAACAACGACAACAACAACAAUAGGCCAUGUCCAAAAAGGCAUCGUCGGAAAACCGACGGAACUCCGACGCGACGGUAGCUGCGGCUUCCACUGCCGCGGCAACGCUGCCACCGGAGGCACCGGUACCCGGCGCGACGCACCGGUCACGCUCCAGCCGCGGCCAUCAGGCGGCCCCUGAGUGGGGUGCAAUACCUCGUCGCCGCUCUGUGCCGGUGGUGGUGCCAACUGACGCCACGGCGCCUAGACGAGGACGUAGAGGCUCCUGCACGAUGAUAUCCUCGUCUGCCACUGGGCAAGUUAAUUUGGUCGCAACGGAACAGCAACAGGAAGAGGUGACGACCACGACGGACACCGAGGCAUCGUCACCACUCUUCAGCCAAAGCAAGUCGUCGCGCGGCUGGCAAGGCCGCAAGAGGUCGUCGGGGCCGAAGAAAGCCAAGUCAGCGGAAGCGCAAGGGUCUGCGCUAGUAGCGGCCAACUUUGUGGCACCCGCGCAGGAAGCCAUCGUGGCGAAGCCAUCGAAGCACCACUCAAGCACAGCCAAGCCGAGCUCGGUGCCAGACCCAUCUCCGGUGCAGCCGCCACCGCCAAGCGCGCCGCCGCCAGAGUCAAAAGUCGUCACGAGCGACCGCUCCAGCGUAGUUAAGCGACAUCAGCACGUUCCGUCCGCCCCGGUCCAGUCACCAGAGACGGGUGGUGACGGCUGCCUACUACGCAGCACGACGCCGGCCGUCGUAGCCGCCGAACAACCGUCUACCACUCCGAACAAGAAGGUGUCGAACCACAUUGCGGCCGAGUCAACAGAAGCCCCGCCAUCCGAGGCAAAGGGUGCCGCUAGCGAUCGCCCGAAAUCAACCAAGUCGCACCGUCAUCUUCCCGCCGCCCCUGCUCAGUCACCCGAGACUCCCGACCUCGCAACCGGUAACCCGCCGUCGGACGCCGUGCCAUCCCAAGGGCCGCCUACCUCACCGAAGAUGCCCGAGCAGCCCGCACCGGCUGCGAGUGAACGAGUGCCGGAGACGCAGCCUCAGCACAGCGCUCCCAAUCCGAUAAACGUCCCUGCAUCUGAACCGGCGCAGCUCUUCACAUCCACUACCCCUUUCGCAGCCACGGAUGCGUCCACUGAUCAUUGGCUCGUGCCAUUUGCGGGUUCACUUCCGGCGAUCGGCGAGUCUUCCAAUUGUGCCUCGGGGCCAGGAUCAGCGAACGCGCCACUCGAGGUGGGCGUCGCGCCUCCUCCGAACCGUGUCGCCCAACAGCAACCACAGGAGGCGACUUCUGGAGGUUUGCACUCGAUGGAGGCGGCUACUCGAUGCAGCUCCUGGAGGCUGCUACUCGGUGGCAUACGCCAUGACUCGAUGCUAUCUGCCAAAAGUGGUGUCGGAAGCAGCACCAUGGAGGCAACCGGAUUCCGGCGUGGCCUAAUCAUAGGGAUAAUCAUUGGCUGUUUGAUUCUGCUCCUGCUAUUCGUGCUGCCGCUGGGACCUUCGCGGCCCAAGAUUUCUUCGACCGCACCGGUAGGGCCGCCUUCGUCGUCGCCGCUGCCAUGACAUCCCAGGGCGUCGUUAGAGGGGGUGCUCUGAACUGCGCACCAGUAUGACCUGGUUCGUGGCGAUGUGACUCAGGCCUACGCGUCGUCUCACUGGCAGCAGCAUGACCUGGCUAGGAGAUGUGCGGCGGCACCAGCCACGUUGAAUCAGCAGCUAACCUGAUGGCGGAAGAGCAGCGGCGUCGUGUCGGGAGAGUGGCCUUCCAGCACGAGCUUUGAACGCGGCACGAAGGAUGCUUUGACAGUUGCGGCUAUCCUUCCGUGGAAACAUCGCCCACGUGGCACCGGCGCUGACAAAGGAAUCCUUCCACGAUUACAUCCAGCAGUGACGUCAUCGAGCUACUUAAAAGAACAAGGCUCCCCUGGCAUCGGUGCAUUUGCUCUGCGGUGGUGGUGGCGAACGGCAUCGCAGAAAGCGUAACCAAGUUCUUCGAUACUUGCAGUUGCGGCUAUCCUUCCGUGGAAACAUCGCCCACGUGGCACCGGCGCUGACAAAGGAAUCCUUCCACGAUUACAUCCAGCAGUGACGUCAUCGAGCUACUUAAAAGAACAAGGCUCCCCUGGCAUCGGUGCAUUUGCUCUGCGGUGGUGGUGGCGAACGGCAUCGCAGAAAGCGUAACCAAGUUCUUCGAUACUUGCAGGUGCCACUGCAGUCCAUGGUGCCGCUGGCAGUAUAACCGUUUUCAGUUCACGGUCAAAGCCGUCCUGGCCGUGCUAUCUAUGUUGUCCGAUCUCAACAUUUCUGUCCUCGAUUGCUUUAGUGCCUAGCUCAGGAAUCUAUUGCUAGCUCUUAGCAGUGAAAGUCCUUCAAGACGUCUUUUGCAAUAGUCUUUUUAAAAGCGAUUCAAGUUGCGCGUUUUGCUAGCAUCGCUUGCGCACGUAUACUUGACAUCUGUGGCUGCGAUAUCAAUGCAUUGAGGCUUCCAGUUCUGGUCAUUUCGCAUAGUUGGCCGAGCCUCCGUGCGUGCGAACUGAAUAGACAUUUCUCUAUCGACAACACGAUGGGCGCUGGCUCUGAAGCGCCAUGACGUCAUGCUAACCAGUAGUGGCUAUUGCAAGCGCCACGGCGUUGGAAUCUCCAAGACACGAACACCGCCUCGCACGCGGGACAUUAGUACCAGCAGGUCAACGGGCUCGUCGCAAUUACCCUUGCAUUAGACAUGCUAAAUGUGCCAGUGGAAAUUGUGUCCGGACUAUGUGUACCACCAAGGAACACUCCCAUUGCCGGAAGAAAUCGCCACUCAGGGCUACAGUGAAACUGCUGAUAGUUCGUAAAAAACUGCUUGCUUCCCAAAUUCACGCAACUAUCAAGUGAAAUUAUUCGGUUUGACUUCGCGUCAUCUACGUGUAUUGCAGUGCUGUACGACCAAGAAAGUAAGCCGUCAGCGUGUCGAGAGCUGUCUGUACAGUGCGCCUCAGUGAUUGCUUACGCUGUACAACAGGGAGAAAAUUCGAUAGUACAUUACUGUGUUGACAAUCUUUUGAUUGGGAUAUCGCCAUUUUUUUGCUCUUUCACCCGCGUGGAUUGGCUUGUGCCAACAGCGAUCUUCUUUCAAGUGGAAAAAAAUUAACGCCAUAUUUGUGCAC